CCUGGAGUGUGGCAGGUGAGGAUCAGAGAGAGUGAGGUUGUUGUGAAGACUUGGACAGUAUGAGUUUGGUGGAGAUCAGACAUACGGUUGGGUCCAUGACCCUGUCCUUAUCCAGCACAGACUCCAAGGAGAGGUACUUUGACCGGGUGGACGAGAGUGACCCUGAGUACCUCCGCAGCAGGAACAUGUCACCUGAAAUACAGCAGGACUUCAACAUGAUGGAGCAAAAGAAGAGAGUCACUCAGAUCCUACAUAGUCCAGUGUUUAAGGAUGAGCUGGAAGGCCUGAUCCAGGAUCAGAUGACUAAGGGCAGUAAUCCAACAGGACUGCUGGCUCUUAGGCAGGUAGCUGAUCUGAUCAUGGCCAGUUCUGUGGGAGGGACAGGCUCCUUCACAUCUCCUCUCAGCCCAGGGAUGGUCACCCCAGUCAAUGACCUCUAUGGGGUAGAGUCUCCAUCCUUUACCAAAGGGGAGAAACAGUGUCGCUGUAAGCUAGCCAGUGUCUACAGACUGGUGGACCUUUUCAGCUGGGCCCAUUUCACCAGCUCAUACAUUACUGUCCGGGUUAGCAAAGAACAAGACCAUGUUCUUAUCAUCCCACAAGGGCUCUCUUUCACUGAAGUGACGGCUGGCAGUCUGGUGAAAGUGAACAUGAUUGGUGAUGUUGUCGACCAGGGAUCCACCUACCUGGAGGUGGACCACUCUGGCUUCAGCCCUCACGCUGCUGUCUAUUCCAUGCGCCCUGACGUCAGGUGUAUCAUACACAUCCACACCUCUGCCACUGCUGCUGUGUCCUCGAUGAAAUGUGGCAUCCUGCCCAUUUCCCAAGAGGCUCUGGUUCUGGGCGAUGUUGCCUACUUCGGUUACCAAGGCUGUCUGGAUGAUCAAGAAGAGAAGGUGGAGUUCCAGAAAGCCCUAGGGCCCACUGCCAAGGUGCUUGUUCUGAGGAACCAUGGCCUGGUUGCUCUGGGGGAGACUAUUGAGGAGGCGUUCCACUACAUUUACCACUCACAGCAAGCUUGUGAAAUCCAGGUCAGUGCUCUGCGGGGCUCUGCAGGAGUAGAGAACCUGGUGCUCCUGGACAGGGAGAGGCUCAAGCCCCUGACCCACGGAGUGGCUGCUGCUGGGGUCACCGUGGACAGCGAAGUCAAGUGGAAAGUGGGCGAGGCAGAGUUUGAGUCGCUCAUGAGGAUGCUGGACAACCUGGGUUACCGUACAGGCUAUAUGUACCACCACCCCAUAGUGAGGGAAAAGAUUCGGACCAAAAAUGAUGUGGAGAUUCCUGCCACGGUCUACACUGUCCCUUUGCAGGACAGUGAUCUGGGUCAGAGAAACCCCUUUAACUUCCUGGUGCAGAAACAGCAGAGGGAGAGGGCGCGCUGGCUCAACUCUCCCAACAGCUACCUGAAGGUCAAUGUGCCUGAACGCUCACUCAGUGGAGAGUGUAGCCCCAGAACCAAGACCAUGUGGAUGAAAUCUGAAGAGACCAGCAAUGGCACUGGCACCUCCAUAAAGAUCGAGGACCCCAACCAGUUUGUUCCCCUUAAUACAAACCCCACUGAUGUUAUGGAGAAGAGGAACCGGAUAAGGCAACAGAACACUGUUGAUCACAUGACUCCAGGACCAAAGUCCCAUCUUCUAGCUAGCAUCGUUGUGGACACCAUACCAGGACCAGUAAGUACUUGGGAUGAGGAGCAGAUGCGCUCUCUUCCUCCCAACCCCUUCAGUGAGCUGACAGAGAAGGUGCUAGAAGAGUAUAAGAGCGUUGUGGAGCGAAGGCAGUUGGGCCUGGAUGACGCAGAUGAGAUGACAACAUUUGACGAGUCCACCAUCUCACUGUCCCUGUCUCCACUCGUGUCUCCUGCCAAAGUAACAGAGAUCAUACCCAAUGGGAAAGAUUAUAUGGAAGAACUGGAAGAGAAACUAAACAUCAAAGUAUCCAAGCUCAGUAUAAGCACCACAGAAACGGUUGAAAUAUCCAUAACCUCAGAGAAAUCAGGGGGAGACAAGACCCCUGACAGCCAAACCAAGUCCCCCAAGAAGAAAAAUAAGUUUCGCACUCCCUCCUUCCUUAAAAUGAAUUUAAAAAAGGAGAAGGCUGAGGCCUAGAGGGAGAGACACUGAAGAGUGACAGGUCAGCUUAUUUGGUAUGAGAUGAGCUCAUGGGAUGAGAUGUGUUCCUUAGAGAGGAAAUGUAUGAGUCACUAAGAUCUUAAUAGAUCUCCAGCUUUUGGGAAGGAGCAACUGUGACAAUAAGCCUGUUAUUACAAUCUCCUCAAUCACUUCCUCUGAGGGCUCCACACAUGAAUAGGGCUCCAUGCAUGAUGGGUUAAACAUGUAGUAUAUCAGCUGCAUUGUUCUUAGUAUCUACUAUAGCCAAUUCGCUAUUCUGUAAUCCAAAAACAAUAAUAAUAUACUGUGCAGAUACAGAACCUCAUUCUUUAAAAGAUAAAAUACCACAUUGCCUGCUAUGUAUUUGUGGUCAGAUACUUUUUCCAUUCAGCUCAUCAUUGAACAGUAGGCCAUGGAUGAAGGUGAGACAUAUAAACGUCAUCUACGUUGUGCAUGACACAAGUAAUUUUCCCAACAA